AUGGUCGGCCUGCUUGCAACCAAAAAGAACAACCGAAUGCAAUUCCAGCAUGGAGUGAAAGACAUAAAGAAAACAAAGCCAUUUUGUCGUCGCCGAAAAGUGGCGUCUUCAUCAGGCGAAGAUGAGCUGGACGAUGAGUUGAGUGACGAGGAGCUUGAGGUUCUGGAAUCACCGCAAAGCAACGGCGAUAAUUCUUAUAUUGAUGGUGGCGAAAACGGCCGAGCAUCAUCAAGCACGUGCAGGGAUUUAACAUUUGAAGAGAGAUUGGAAGCACUAACAGACGCAGAAUCGAACGAAGAAGCAACGAAAAAGUCGGUGAAUUGGCUGUGUAAGCCGCGUUUAAAUGACUCGCUAAAAGAAAAUAAUACCCAGCCGACUGUGAUCAACGGGAAACGCAGACGAGCGAUUAUUUCGUCUUCAAGUGAAAAUGAAGGCUCCGAAGAAUCAUCUUCACAAACUGCGCCAAUAAAUCUGAAAAUGAUGGUGAAGAAAGCCAAAAAACGUAAGAAAAUUAUGAAAUCAAGCAGUGAAGAAAGUGAAGCAAGCGAACUGUACGAUUCAGAUGGUUCGGCUCGGCUAGCGGAAAGCGACAGUGAAGACAGUCAGGUAUAUUCUUUUUUUUUUGAAUUCAUUUUUCUGUAUAAGAGCGAUUUGGUUACGUAA